GGCUUCGAUCAGCGGCCCUCCCAUCGCGGCGGGAGUUAACCAAAUCGCACGCCCUCAAGGUCGGAACGGUGAACCCUUAGCCAUCAUCAGGAGGAGCCGUGCUAGGACUACAGGCAGGUGUGCGCGGCAGAGAAAGGAAGGAGCUCCUCUGGCUGCCUGCUAAUGUGACCUGGUUUGACAGAGCGAGGAGUGGUGUUCGCCUCCUCAACCUGCGCGUAGGGUGACUUUCGUUUGCUCGGUUAGUGCGGUAUUUCGUUUGCAGGAAGCUCUCAUCGUUUGACACGUGGGAGAGUGUGGUAAUUAAUUGAUUGGUUCAUUUGUUGGUAGAUUGGUUGAUUGAAUUGGUUGGUUGAUUGAUUGGUUGGUUGAUUGUCAGCCGACGGGCAUAGACGCGGUGGAGCGCGUGGGGCUGGGCAGUAAGUUGUGGUCUUCCUUCCUAAUGAGAGAUGGAUCUAGACGAACUCGAAGUGGAGGAGGUAAAGUUCACGGGGAAGAAGAAGGGUGUGAAGAAGGGCACGAAGCAGGACGCGAAGAUGGCGCGGGAGGAAGACAAGGGUGUAGUAGAAGUGCGGGAGGAUGAUGGGAGUUCAGAAGUUGUGGAAGACGUAAAAUUUUCAGGCAAGAAGAAGGGGAAAAAGGGAAAGAAGGACAAAGGAGGGGGAGAUGAAGAUGACUGGGAUGCAAAGCCUGUGGAGACGGAUAACACGGUGAAGGAGAAGGAGGAGGAGGCGGAUGUGGGAGGUGCGGGCGGUGGUAAGAAGAAGGGGAAGAAGGGGAAGAAAGGUGCAGCUGACGAAGACGAUGAUGCUUGGAUGUCUCAACCGGCGGCAGCAGUGGAUAAGGGGGAGGUGGAGAAGGAAAAGAAGGGGAAGAAGGGAGGAAAGAAAAGCGCAGCGGCGGAUGAAGACGAUGAUGCUUGGGUAAUGCAAGCGGCCGCGGUGGAAAAGGGGGAGGUGGAGAAGGAAAAGAAGGGCAAGAAGGGAAAGAAAGCCGGCAAAGGAGCUUACGAUGACUCUGACUUCUUCAUUGAUGUAGAGGAGAAGGCGGAAAGGGAGUUGGCGGCGGAGGAAGAGGCGGCGGAGGAGGUGAAGUUCGCGGGUAAGAAGAAGGGUAAGAAAGCGGGAAAGAAGGAUGCGAAGGGUUCAGCAGUGUUUAGUGAAGAUGUAGAGGCUCUGCUUCGGCAGAUGGAGGGGGAGGAUGAUGCGCCCGGCGACGCCGUGGAGGAAGAAGAAGCUCCUGCUCCUACCCCUCCUCCCUCCUCUGCCAAGGGCAAGAAGGGCAAGAAGAAGGGGGCUCACGAUGAUGCAGAUUUCUUCGUCGACGUGCAGGAGUCUAGGCCGGACACUCCGCCGCCGUCUGCGG